CCGUAGACAAGACACAAGAAAGUCAUUUCAGAACAGUUAUUUGAAUGAACUAAUCUUUGUCUCAAAAGUUCAUUAUUUAAACAAAAAUGAAAAUUAUCUGGGUUUUUGUAUCAUUUAUCUUAGUAAAUGUUUUGGCUGACGGUUUGAAGGAUUAUAAGGAGGAUUAUAGGCAGCAUGUUUUUAUGGCUAAUAAAGCAACCAAGAGAGCUUCUGAAUAUAAAAAGAAACAUGGAAGUGGACUGGAAAAUUUGAUUAAAACACUGGUUCGUCAGAAUCGUUCAUUGGACGAAUUAAAUAUGAUGAUCGCUACACCGGAAAAUAUAUACCCUGACCAACUGCAGAAAGGCGCCUAUCUACAGUUGAUAUUGCGAUAUGAAACAUUGUAUAUAUUACAAAAUAUUUUGUAUUGAUUAAUUUAUCUAAUCACUCUCAGUUUUAGAGUGAUUGUGUUGGAUGAAACACUAUAAAAAAAUCUUCACUUGCUCCGUUUACCAGAUCUUUAAUCAAGUUCAUGUAAUACCGGAAUGUGAACACAUAACUACACAGCAAAUUUCUGUAGACUCUAGCUCUCACGUUCGGUACCGUACUUUCAGUGACAUUUUCUUGCAAUAUAAAAUUAUGCAAAACUUGCGCAUUUGUAAUAUCUGAAUGUGAGUAUCCCGUAUCGAUUUUCAUUAAAUUGUUGUACUGAACUGCCAUAUUCGUAUACAUAUAGACGUUCGUUUGGCUUGACCCUGUCUCAACCGCUUUACCGUUUUGAAAAAGAGUAAAAAUCAUUAUAACUAUUGAUAUUCGUAAGAAAAACAUGGUUUACUUAUUUAAAAAAAAAAAAUGAAUAUAAAAUUAUGAAAAAUACUAUUAGUUUUUAAACGUUUUAUAAAAUGUAUACAUUUAACGUGAAACGUAUCUGAGUACAGUAACUAAAUGAUAGCACUCCUUUUAGUUGUGUACAACAAAGCAAAUUCCACAAUAUUUUUCUUAUAGUUUUAAUAAUAUUUUUCCAAUAUCACUCUGUAUCAUACAGUGUCAAUAUCAAGUAUAUUUAUUUGUUUUGCAAUAUAUCAGUCGCAGUCGACGGUUUAUAGCAGCUGUAUACCAAAGAGUCCCUAAAAACCAUUGUUACGGACUUCUUUUUUACUCCUUUUUUUGAAAUAGCAACACAUUAUUGAUAUAUUGUAUUCUUUUUAGAAUUAUAUGUACGCAUUAUUAUUGUUAAAAACUUGGUGUCUCAGUGAUCAAUAUUUUUGCGUGAUCUAUAUGAACCAAUCAAAAAUGUUAUUUUACGUCAAUAGUAAUAUUGUAAUUGUACAACAUUUUAUCUUGAACACUCUUUAGUCUUAUUUGAAAGUGGAUCCGCUACACUUAAAAUUCAACUACCUCUUUUUAACUAUAUAUUUGUAAUAUAUAAACUAUAUACUAGUUAAAUAGAUCAAAAUUGUAUAAAUGGAAUACCCUGACUUUAAACGAUUGGGAAUUUUAAACUUAUGUUAUUAAGUUGUUUAGGUUGCUUUUGAACAAAAUGUGAGAUUUUAUACAUAAUAUGUAAUAAACAAUAUAUUGAUGUAACUGUAGAUAUCGUUGAGAUAAACAGAAACAAAAAAAUAUAAUUAAUUAGAUGUGGGGGAAUAGAGGAGGAGAUAUUGUAUAGUGGGUUAGGGAAAACUUAACGAGGAAGCCGUGUAGAACAAUAAGUCUACUCCCAGUUAUGGCAAAAUUGUUCUCAAAAGGAUUCGACUAAUUUUAACAACAAACACAUUUUGAUUACCUAAGACUCAAUUCGGCUUUAGAGCUAAGGAUUCCACAGUCCACAGAGUAGUUGACAAAAUAGCUUUAAAUGCGAAAUAAUGACUCUUGGCAUCGUUAGAUAAAAAUUGUAACAAUAAUUAAUAUUACACGACGAACUUCGAUUAAACCUAUUAUAAUAUUAAGCCAUCAAUAUGUAACAACAAUAAUAAUAGGUGUGAAUCGGACUCAGGGAAUUUGAACAAUGAACAUUAAAAAAAAAACAUUAUAUUUCUAUAGAUAAAAACAUGUUUAUUAUAAUUUACGAAUUAAAACAGUAAAUAAUAU